AUUUUUAUACAGAAAAAAUGGCGGCAUUACGCUCAAACGGUGCUUCAGAGAAAGCAGGAACCGCGUCAGAAGCCCCGUCAGGAUCGGAGGAUGACUUUUGGGCGGGACAGGGACCAAUAGUGCUGCGGGAUCCAGCGAUUAAAUUGUUGAGUCCGGUUAGCGGUGUGGAGCCGCUGUCGUGGGCAGAAGAUCACAGACUGGCGGCCUGCAACACGAACAGCGUGUCUCUGGUGGAGCUGGUGUGUGACAUACACAGUCUCAGUCAAAACCUGGUGCUGCAUCGCACUCACAUCCCUGUCCCGACCACCGCAUGUGAACUCAAGGUGGGCUCAGAAAAAGAUGUGAGGGCUGUUAAAGAAAGCUUCGCCAACAGUAAAGACCCAGUAGUAAGCCAAAUGAUCAUGAUAGACCGAGUCAUCAAUCCUCAAUGUGGACGUCUCCAUGGCGUCAAGUACACUAGUUGGUCACCGUUAGGCUGUGACAAAUACGGCCGUUGCCUUCUUGCUUUCCUAACACUGGACAAUCGUCUCACAAUCCACAGCAGUCACUUGCAACUACAGUGGACGCUUCUACUGGACCUUACAGAACUAUAUGGAGAAAUGUUAAAAUCCAGGAAAUACUCUGCUCAGAACGAUGGUACACCACCGGUCUCCUAUAAAGACUUGGAUGAACUGCAGCGCAGGUUUCGCAUGCAAACACCAGUGCGCAUGGAGUGGUCCAGUUUGUGCAGUAUGCAGCAAGUUCAGACCGAUAACGCACAUAAAGACAUAAACACAGUUCUUCUAGCUGUACUCAUGGAGAAUGGAGACGUGGUGGUGUGGCAGUUCAGCUUGCCCCUACAAGGGAAGGAUUCAGUGGUGUCAUGCAGCACUAUCAAAUCUGGAGUGUCAUCACCAAGCGCGCUCACCUGGUGGCAAUAUGAGCAUGGCGGACGGAAGAUGAGUGGACUGAUCAUAGGAAGCUCCGAAGGACCUGUAAAGAUCCUCCCAGUCAACAUCAAGGCAGUGAAGGGCUACUUCACCCUCAGGCAACCUGUGGUUUUGUGGCAGGAGAACGACCAGAUUCCUGUCCACAACAUCAAAUGUAUCACGCUCUUCCAUCCGCACCAGAAAUGCAACUGCAGUUUAGUGGUUGCGGCACGUGGUCCGUACGUCUUCUGGUGCUUAUUGCUGAUCUCCAAAGCUGGUCUGAAUGUUCACAAUUCCCACAUCACGGGUCUUCAUUCCACGCCUAUCAUAUCCAUGACGGCUUGCCACAGUAAUGGGACUUUUUUCACAUGCUCACUAGAUGGAAAGAUUAAGAAGCUAACAGCUGUUUUCACAGACCUAGCUGUCGAGUUCAAGCAAGAAGAGAUUGUUCUGCCUGAAGGAGUCGCGGGUCGACGGAUACACGGUAUAUCGAUCAGUCCAAACAGUGCCUAUUUGGCUGUUCUCUCCAAUGAGGGUAUGAACAAUGGCUUCCACCCUGUCGCUCUCACCUACCAGGUACAGUUCAUCACCUUUAAGACUCCAGAUGAAGCGGCAUCUAAGAUGCUUGAUGCUCACAAUCUCUUUAGAAACACUGAUUUGCUGGAUCUGUUACGAUGGCGGAUACUAAAAGACAAAAGCAUCCCUUCAGCCUACGAGAACAAUCUAGAAGAGAAGCUCCAAACCUCAGGGUCCACUUACCUGUGGCGCCUUAAGCUCUUCUUUCUCCGAACACUCCACAAGUCCAUGCAGAAAAGCCCUUCGGAGGCCCUGUGGCAGCCGAGGCGAAGAAGUGGUCAGAGUUUAGUUGGUGAUGGUGAUGAAGGAGGUGGAGGUGAUGAAGAUGAGAUGAUGGAGGACAAACAGGGGGAUGCGGAAAACAGGGAAAGGGAGGAGAGAAUGAGAGAGAUUGGCAGCAGGAUCGAAGCUGUGGAGUCCCAUCUGAUCCGGGAGAACAUGAAGAAGGUGCUGGGCGAGGUGUAUCUGCACACCUGCGUCACACAAAACACACGUGUACCCACUAAAGGAGUGUGUGACUUCCUCACAAAUGACCCUGCUAAUGAAGACAGGGCAGCCAAGGUGCUGAUAGGUCAUAUCAUGAAUAAGAUGAAUAAACAGACAUUUCCAGAGUAUUGCGGUCUCUGUAAAGAAAUUCUCCCCUUCACCGACUGCAAGCGGGCAGAGUGCAAGAAUGGGCACAGGUGGCUCAGGUGUGCGCUGUCAUAUCAGGCCUGUCAGGGUGUGACAUACCGCCGCUGUCUAUUGCAGGACAGUAUUGCCUCAGUAGCAGAGCCUGAGGAUUCGGACUGGAUCAGGAAAAUCCUCCAAGGUCCCUGCAUCUUCUGCGACUCUCCUUUCUACUGAAGCCUCUGGGUUAAAUAAGUCUCCACGACUGACAACUGGAUCACUUCAGCGGGCUACAUAAAUGACUAAAACGCCUUUCUUUACUUGAAAGAGAAACAUUUGAAAGCCAUAAGUAUUCUUUAAUUAUUUUGUAAUUCUAAGACAUUCGGGAGGUUUUUCCUCUCAACAGAUCUUUAUUUUAAAGCCAAAAAAGGGUCUAAUGUUUAUACAAUGAAGACUAUAUAUGUUAAUAAAUUAUUCCACUGUAUAUGUGCUGGAUGUUUUUGAUUUGUUAACAUUAUCCUGCCAUGACAUCCUCCUCUUGCAAUAAAAAAUGC